AUUACAGAGCAUAUGAUUUCCAUAGCAGCCUAUGAGGAUCUUGUCAAAAUUCUUAAACAUUCAGAUUUUUGGCCUGAACAUGUUAUUGCAAAUAUAAGACCUUCAACCAAACAUGCAUAUUUAAUAAUGCCAGUAGAUUAUAUUGAAUAUAUUCUUAAUAAUCUAACAAUUGUGCCUAAUUUAUACUUUGGUCCUGGUAUUGUAUAUAAUGAAAAACGUGAGUUCUGGCAUUGUACACUCUGGCAGAACUCGUCUUUAUUUGGAGAAACUAAACUUUUUACUUAUCAAGCAGACAAUUUUUUAUGUUAUCACCAAGACAAAGCAAUUAAGUUUACACGUAUUUGUAGUGUUGUUGAAGUUAAUAAGAGGCAAUUACUUAGAGCUGAUCUGCUUGUUCCAUAUAGUGGGCUUCUUGGAUACUUGUGUAGUAUGAAUAGAAAAGCACAUGAAAUGAAUAUAGAAGAACUUUGGCUUGUUGAAGAACAAGAGUGUUUGAUUAUACCUGAAAAUAUUACUCAAAUUAAUGUUUGGUUAAAGGAUCUUGAUAGGCCAGUAGAAUAUGAAUAUUUUGUAACUGAAAUAUUAUAUAGUUUUAAUAGUAAUGACCUUGCUAGUAUGUUUAGACAUAAUGCAAAUUAUGGUUGCAGAACUUGUUCUGUAUCUAGUAGCCAAUUAACAAACUCCAACUUUGACUUUGUUGCGAAUGCAUGCUUUUACUAUUUAACCAAUAUACAAUAUAAUGAAAUUGCACAUCAACAAACAAACUCUGCUUGUCAACAACUAUCUAGUCAAUAUAGACUUAGUGCAAAGCCAGUUCUUGAUACUCUUUAUUGGGACAGGCAUUUACAAUCACCACAAAAUGCUUAUUAUACACUUGCUGUAGUUGAAGCAAAACUACUUAAGUUGGCUUUCUCAACAACAAUGACAAAUAACACUUAUAAGGAGCUUCACAGUUUGUUUGAAAAAGAACGAAUUGGUUUUUUGAAGAUUUUUUCAGACAUAUUUGAAAACUUACCUAAUGUUCAUAUAAAUGUCUAUUUGCCACAACAUGCUCGUACAUUUGCAACUCUUGUGAACACAUCUGUUGAAGUCAAAGAAAUAGUACACAGAAUAUACAAAAAUAUGGUACCACAUACUAAUUACAAAAAUAUUGAACUAGAUCUUCUUCGGCGAUAUAAUACCUCAUUUGCAUUAACUCACUUAUUUGAUGAAUUUUUUGAUUAUAUUUCAUAUACUAUCAUUGAAAAUGAUAGAAAAUUAACUCGACUUAAAUUUCAUGUUGGUGAAAUAAUUGAAAUUAAAGAAGAAAAUGAAGGCUUUACAUAUGCAAAAAUACAA